GACGCAGAGCUGUACCGAAACGCAGGAAGGAAGGCUUUAAUCCUGCUGGAUAUGUUCGGCAUACCCUCUGCAGCCUUCAAGACUGGUCUUCAAUUUGACCAAGGUGGUAAGUGUGAUCUGAAACAGUACGUACUUUAUAUCUAUGUCACGUUAUGUCUAACUCGCUACAGAUCUAAAGAUGUCACUGAUCGGCAUUUAUUAUUGUACAAUGGCAUCAUCGACUAUAUUCCUGGUCUCGAGAGCGAGCUCAGCAACAUAUCGAGCAAAAAACUCAACAAAAUCAUUGCAAUGGUAUCGAAGGGUAUGAGCGAUGGCCGAUCUGCGGAUCUGAGCUCCGUCAAGCACAAGGGCCUGCAAUACAUUGGCCUGAAUAUGUAUAGCAAGGCCGAUGCUCUUGACCCGCCAAUUCCAGAAGUCAAGGAUAAGUCAAUGCGUGGGCUCAAUCACCCACAGUUGGCCCGUUUGCUUUGCCCUCGGAAGAAAUUGGAUUGGUUUGAUGACGACCCUGAUUCAUAUGCUGCUAUGGCUGCCUUGCAAGCUGGCGAAAUAACUAUGACAGCAUACAACUGGCCUACAUUCUUCUAUGAACACGACAUUUACGAUUCUGCCGAGAAGACAAAUGGUCUCUUUCGAAACCAUAUUGUCGUGAGGUUUUACAAGCAUCUUUUCAUUGGACCCUCCUCCGUCACCAACGACUCAUCAAAUGUUCGCAAUUCAGCAAAACCGUCGAAAAAUCGUGCAUGGGGGCUAACGGCUGUUAACAAAUACAUCAUCGCAUACAUUCACGUCAUCAAAUAUUUUACCAUCAGCAGUGCUCAGCACUGGACUCGGUAUAUUGGCGACAUGGACUUGGACGAGCUCCUCUGGGCUAUCGUUGAAAUGCUAGAUGACGACAACGAUCCAUGGGUCAAAGACACCCUCACGUGGUGGAACAGGUACGUUUCACUGCAUGGUUAG